AUGGCUGCAACAGGGAGAUACCGACGAAUCUCGGACGUUGACCGAAAUCGCCUCAUCGAUGCCUUUGAGGCUGACGACGCUGACUAUCUGCAGGUAGCAGAUACGCUGGGCAUCAAGCACUCAACGGCCAGAUCAAUCGUUGGCGUAUAUCUUCGGGAUGGUCGUCGUAACAAGCUGCCGAAAGGAGGACCCAUAAACCAGAAGGUUGACGACGACAUGAGAGAUGCCCUUCAAGGAUAUCUAGAUGACAACCCCCUUCUAACUUUGCGUCAACUCAAUACUCAACUGCGAGCUGAUCUUCCCGAUAAGCCCUUCGUUACCACUAGUACCAUCGCUAGAACUCUAGAUGGUAUGCUUAUAACUCUUAAACUAGCGGAAGAUGUUCCAGAACAGAGGAAUGAGCCACGCAUAUUAGAUGCACGAGUCAUAUUUGGAAAUUGGUUUCUUCAGGUUGGUGUCCUUGGCCACACUGUGUACAUUGACGAGACUGGGUGUUCUGGUGAGGUUGGACAGAAUAUCAUCAGAGACUGUGACGAGAGCGACUUUUGA